AUGAGAGGCAGUCCUCAUCCUCACAUUUAAAGCAGUGUCUUGGUUUGAAAAGACAGGUGUCUGCUAAGGAAGGCAGGAGCCUGUCUUGGAAUGGAAAAUGUAAGCCCCUCCCUCUGAAUUAUUAUAAUUUUGAAAUUAAGGGGUUCUCAGGCAAAGGUAUGAGGAUAGGACUAACAGUAUGUAUAAAUAAUAAAUUAAAAAACAAAAAAAAACCAACCAAACAAAAAACCAAAAACAAAACAAACAAGAAACCAACAAAACCAAACAAACAAACCUACAACUUAAUAGGGAAAUGAAAAUAAAAUGUAGUAGUAUGAAAACACUGACCAAGUCAGAAUCCGACCUGUCCCCUGUGGGGAGGGUGGUGGCACAGUCCCAUCCCAAGGGGGCUCAGCCCUCUUGCAGUGCCAGCUGUGCUUCUGCUGGAGCAGGGAUCCUGCACAAGGCUGGAGUUUUCCUCUGCAGCUCCAGGGCUGCUGGAGAUGGGCCUGCUCUUCCUCUGGGAAUGCAGGGCAGGAGAAAGCUGCUCCUCUGGGAAUGCAGAGGGCAAAGGCUGCUGUGCUGUUCCAGGCUCAGAUUGUAUCCAGGUAGGAAUGCUUGGCUCCUGCCCUGGGCACAGCAUCUCCCCAUGGGAUGAUGGAAUUUGAUCAGCCCUGCAGGGACACUCAGUGGCCAUGGACAGCAGAGAUCUCCUGGAGGGAGGAUUUGCUGUGGGAGAGAUAAAGAAAACUGCCCACCUGGUUUUAACAGAUGGUGAUAGAAUACACGCUUCUGAUUACAUCUUGCAAUCUAAGACAAGUGGGUUUCUUUUUUUCUCUGUUCCAGAGUCUUCUCAAGAGCAAGCAAUUGCCAAAGCCCCAGAGUAGAUAAAAUAUCUAGUAGGGGCUUCAGUUGUACCAUAUGCAAACAUCUGAGAGGCUCAGUACUUGAGCUCUGAUGUUAGUGGGGAAAAUCCAUGCUCCUCUCUGCUGGUUGCCUGUUAUGCUGAUUGAGUGUCUCUCAUUUCUGACAGGAGUCACUUUCAGAGAAUACAGAGCUCUGUAAAGUGCUCCUGUGUUUCAGAGCUCCUCAACUGAAAGCAUUCAUGCAGCAGUGAUGUAGCAUUUAUCACUGUACAAAAUAACCACUGCUUCCAAGUACAAGAUUCCACCUAACUGGUCCUUCUGAGCCCCCAGCUGGCCAAGAAGUUUCCACUUGUGGUUCUUCAGGAUUCAGGAGCUUGUGGACACAAAUGGCUUUGACUGAAAGGGUCUGUAUGAUUGUUUUCUUGAAAGAAAGCAUAAAGUAGCUGAAAUCUAUUCAAGAAAGAAGAAUUUGGCUCAAAAAACACACAAGAUAAGCACUUUUAUAGCUUUGGCUAAUAUCCUAAACUAAAGCUCUGAAAGGGUUGUUUGGGUUUUUUGUUUUCUGAGUGGCAUGAAGAAUGAAGAGUAAUAUAGUUAAACAGAUUUCCCGUACACAAGUGAUAUGAAAGGUGAAUAUUUCAUUCAUUUUAAAUCAAGUCAUCCUGCUGUCAUUAGAAACCCUCAGAGGUUCAGCCUUGUAGAAGGAUUUAAAGGCAGCACUUCAACAAUAAUCGGCUUAGAAGGACUUGCAUAGCUCCAUGGUCUGAAAAAGAGAUAAAAGAAACCAGAGUUCAAACUCGCCACAAAGCAAGGCAGUGAGUUGUGUGGUGCAGAAUCAACCCGCAGUUCUGAGCCAGUGAUUUUGACAAUCACCUGAAGCAGGGAUGCCUGCAGACUUCAAUGGCUAUUGGAAAAUGGUCAGCAAUGACAAUUUUGAGGAGUAUCUGAAAGCACUGGAUGUAAAUGUUGCUGUAAGAAAAAUAGCAAACUUGCUAAAGCCUGACAAAGAAAUCCUUCAGAAUGGGGAUCAUAUGAUCAUUAAAACGCUGAGCACUUUUAGAAACUACAUCAUGGAAUUUGAUGUAGGGAAGGAGUUUGAGGAGGAUUUAUCUGGGGUGGAUGAUCGCAAGUGCAUGACCACUGUGUCUUGGGAUGGAGAUAAGCUGCUUUGUGUACAGAAUGGAGAGAAGGAAGGCCGUGGUUGGACCCAGUGGAUUGAAGGAGAUGAAAUGCACCUAUUAACAGGACCUGAAAGAAGAUGCCUGUUCUUUUGUCCUAUAACUCUUUAUAGCAUCUUCACUCUCUCAUCAGUGUGGGUAAAAGGCAGUGUUCCUGCUGGGAUAAUAAACUCCAACUUCCAUUUCUCCUCACUAUGCAGUGCUAUUAGCAUUCAGCAAUCUAAAUGGAUAUAUUCUAAAUGUUCAAAUCAGUAGCAGAGUUAUCAAAUCGUUGCAGAAGCACCCCAAGCCCCUUAUUACUAAACAGAAGUUUGAGGAAGCAUUGGUGGUUCCAGAAUGCAGUUGAGGAGAGGAAUGGGUAUGACAGAUUUCCCCAGCUGGCCUUGGUGCAGCACAGCCAGGGAGAAGGUUGCUGUGUAAGUGAGGACUUUAUAACUGAGGCCAUGGGCUCACCUGGAGGGGAGGCAGCAGUAAAGGAGAUGUCCAAAUUUCCUGUGCAGGCACACUUCCUCCAAGAAGCACCUGUGAGUGUUUCCACACUCCUCCCUCCCAGCUGCACAGCAGGCAGCAGCCACAGCCCUCCCAGCUCCUCUGCUCGCAGACAGUCCAGUCACCCAUCACAGCCUGCCCCGAGCUCAGCUCGCCCUGGCUGCCCUCAGUCCUGCACAUCUGUGCCUUCCCCUGCACAUAAACAAUGGCACCACUUGCUCUUGGAUUUCUCUGGACUGGCAUCCUGCUUUCUGGCCUUUGCCAGCCCCCAGGAAUUAUCUCUUCCCAUCUUCUGUCCCCAACACCAAUUCCUUCAGCCCUGGUUUCUGUUCUCCUUAUUCUGAUUCCUGCUCUAGCCAUACAGCCUGGCCCUGGACCUCCAUGCCCAGAGCACUUUCUGGACUUAUCCCUGUCACGAGGUUGAUUUUAGAAGACAGAAACUUCGAUUCCAUGACUCAAAUACUUGUGUCUACUGGCAGUUUAGGUAGCCCAGGGUAACCUGACUGCUCUGAUGCUGCUUUUCAGAAGGCUGGGAGGAGUUCUGGAUCAUACCUUCCAGCUCAUGCAUUCACUCACUGGCACUUGGAAAGUUUAUCACAAUCUGUUUCCCAUGUACACAGAAGUCAGUACAAAAUUAAUUCAUGCAAAGGAAAUAACCAGGUAUUUUAGAGCCCACUCCUCGAUCUUUCAAUUUUCUCACUUCUGUUAUUUCAUGGAUUUCAAAAGAUGUCCUCUUUAUUUCUCUAAUCCUUAAUAAUGCAGCUCUCUCCAUUAAAAGUACAGUAGAGUCCCCUUUAGUAUCUUAUUUUUGACCAGCUAAGAUUACUAGGUCUUGUCCUUUUGAGAGAGCUUUAACACAAUGAGCAGUUACCUUUAAAGAAUUGAUACUUCAAUAGCUUUAUGAUCCUAUUGAACUUUACACAAUGAGCCAAGUGUUAAUUUAUUCUUUUCACAGUUCUGCAGAAAGUAGGACCACAUCCUUUAGUAGUUUAUCGCUUCCUAUUUUCUUCAUUUCAUUCUGUGGUCUGUACUUUGUAGUUCUUUUUAGAUUUUAUUUUAUGUGAGUGACUUAUUUGACCAUUUCCCAUUUCCUUUUGAGUUUUAUUACCCUUUUCUAUUGUAUUGAUUGCUUCUGCUCAGUUGUUUUUGUUACUGUCAGCAGAUCUCUCAGCCCUUAUUGCACAUUCCUUCUUCUGGGUUGCCUCUGCAGGAGUGAGCAGAACCAGGUCCUAACCAAAGUCACUGCAUCAGUCUGUUGUUCCACCAACUCAUGUGCAUGAAAGCACUUUCUCUUAUUGGGGUUGAGCAACAUAUGUCAAUCAAGAUUAUUGACCUAGUUUAAAGUUAUUUAAAGUCACUUUGUCAAAGUCCCCCAUAAGAAAUGUGCAUAACUUCAUCAAAAUAUUCUAGGAGCUUUAUUAAAAGUCUCAUCUUGAACUGGAAAGUGUAUCCCUUCUGCUAGGUCAUGCAUGAGCACUGUCUUUAUGUCCCUUAAGAGCUUCCACACUCUUUUUUCUUGCACCUAAACCUUGCCCCAGGCACACGCCCCAGGCACACACCUGUGUGCACUUUUGAGAUGGAACUUGAGGAGUUCCAGGAGCAGGGAUGGGUGAACAGGCAAACAAACAGCAGCAGCCUCACAAACCCCAGCCCAGGAUGGGAACUGGCCCUGCCCAUGCCCACCAGCUCACAGAGAUGCAGAGAUCAGCAAGGAGGGAGGGUGUUCCAAAGCUCCUGUGGAACUCAAAGAAUCAGCUUUAUACAUCCAGGCUGCUCAGGUUCAGUCAAACCCUCUGUGCUCUGCUGGUUGACAGACCAGGAGCAAAUCUUCUGUACAGUCACCUGCUUUUGGUAGCCAGGAGCUCUGGUUUGCCUAAGUGACCCUGAUUUCUAAAUUUGCAGGCUUGAGCUACCAGUCCUCACCACAGAGAUUCAGAGCUGGUGAGGCAAAUCCAUCCCCACUGCUUUAUGUACCCAGAACAGAGAAUGCUCAUGCCAAAGGCCUAAAGCAGUUGCAUAUUAUUGACUGCAAAUCAAGAAUGAUGUACCAGGAAUGUAUUUGGCCUUUGAAGAUCUGAGAUCCCAAAAUAACUUCCCUUGCUUCACCUUUUAACAGAAAACAAACCCAAACCAGAUGUUUUCUUUUAGGAUGAAAAAUAGGCUAAAAUAUGUACAAGCAUCACAAUUUAAUUUAAUAGAAAAUCAUGAAUUCAAAUUCAGCUGGGCGUACACAUUAAUGCAUAACA